UGGAGGGGUCGUGAAGUGGGUGGUGUCGUGUAGUAAAGCGGGUGUGUCGCGUAGUUCUGCAACACUGCAGCUGGACCCAUCCUUUGUGUUCUUCGGUCACGUGAUUUCCCCCACCCACGCUGAAGUCACCUGAUUUCUGUGGCUACUCGACCAAAAAUGGCUGCGCACUUAUCUUACGGAAGAGUGAACCUAAACAUUCUGAGAGAGGCAGCCCGAAAGGAUCUUCGAGAAUUUUUAGACAAAUGUGCGGGAACCAAGGCCAUAGUUUGGGAUGAAUAUCUCACAGGUCCUUUUGGACUGAUAGCACAAUAUUCCUUAUUGAAGGAACAUGAAGUUGAGAAGAUGUUCACCCUCAAGGCGGGACGUCUGCCAGCUGCAGAUGUCAAAAAUAUUAUCUUCUUUGUCCGACCCAAACUGGAGCUGAUGGACAUCAUUGUUGAGAAUGUCAUUAGCGAGGACAAGAUGCAUUCACCACGCGACUUCCAUAUCCUGUUUGUGCCACGACGAAGCAUGCUUUGUGAGCAGCGGCUGAAGGAGCAGAGUGUGCUGGGGGCCUUCACCAACAUUGAUGAGUAUAUCCUGGACCUGAUUCCCUAUGAUGGGGACUUGCUCUCGAUGGAAUGUGAAAGCGCUUUCAGGGAAUGCUACUUGGAAAAUGACCAAACAAGCCUUUACCAUACUGCCAAAGGCCUCAUGACUUUGCAGGCACUGUAUGGUACUAUACCACAGAUCUAUGGGAAAGGAGAGUGUGCAAGGCAUGUAGCUAAUAUGAUGCUGAGGAUGAAGAGGGAGUUUGCUGGCAGUCAGAGUCAGAUUCUUCCAGUGUUUGAUACUCUACUUCUCCUAGACCGCAAUGUUGAUCUCCUCACCCCUCUGGCAACACAACUCACCUAUGAGGGUCUAAUUGACGAGAUCUAUGGAAUCAACAAUGGUUAUGUCAAGUUGCCUCCUGAGAAGUUUGCUCAGAAGAAGCAAGGGGAGGGGGGUAAAGAUUUACCCACAGAGCCUAAGAAGCUGCAGCUGAACUCAGCAGAGGAAUUGUACGCAGAGAUCCGAGACAAGAAUUUCAACGCUGUUGGAGCAGCACUCAGCAAGAAGGCCAAAAUAAUUUCUGCCGCCUUUGAGGAGCGCCACAAUGCCAAAACAGUGGGGGAAAUAAAGCAGUUUGUGUCCCAGUUGCCUCACAUGCAGGCGGCACGGAGCUCUUUGGCCAACCACACGUCUAUAGCUGAGCUCAUCAAGGAAAUCACCACUUCAGAGGCCUUCUUUGAUAACCUAACAGUGGAGCAGGAGUUUAUGACAGGAGUUGACACAGACAAGUUGAACACAUACAUAGAAGACUGCAUCGCCCAGAAAGAUCCCUUGAUCAAGGUUUUGCGUCUGAUGUGCAUGCAGUCAGUCUGCAACAAUGGCCUCAAGCAGAAGGUGCUGGACUACUACAAGAGGGAGAUUUUACAGACCUACGGUUAUGAGCACAUACUGACCCUGAACAACCUAGAGAAAACAGGCCUUUUGAAACCACAGACAACCUCCAGGAAUAACUACCCAACCAUUAGGAAGACGCUUAAACUAUGGAUGGAGGACGCAAAUGAACAGAACCCCAAUGACAUCUCGUACGUGUACAGCGGCUAUGCCCCCCUGAGUAUCCGGCUAACCCAGGUCUUGGCCAGACCCGGAUGGCGUAGCAUUGAGGAGGUCCUGAAGAUGCUCCCUGGUCCACAUUUUGAGGAAAGACAACAGCUUCCCGCUGGGCUUCAUAAGAAACGCCAGCAGGGGGAGAACAGGACGACGCUGGUGUUUUUCCUCGGAGGGGUGACAUAUGCAGAGAUUGCCGCUCUGCGCUUCCUCUCUCAAAUGGAAGACAGUGGGAUGGAAUAUAUUAUUGCCACCACAAAACUCAUAAAUGGUACCAGCUGGAUCAAAUCCCUAAUGGAACGCCCCGAAUCCAAGCACCCUUGAGUCACCACCAGCUGUUGGGAGGCGCUAGCACACCUGGGGACAUCAAAUACUGUAUCGACCAAAAGACCUUGCCGGCUAUUUUUAUGUCCACAUCAGUGUUCAGCAGGUGUCUCAUUGACGUCUGCAGUGGUGAAGCAGGAGUAAGCUGUCUCCAACCUCUUUUCUCUUUGCCUGACAAUAUAAUGCACUGUUGCCAUAAUACUACCUUUUAUUGUACAUAAAUACUUAUCUACGUUAAUUGUCAUCUGGCUUGGUCCCACAAUCCUCUACAGAAAGUGUAUGUAUAAAGGAUUUAAAGCUUUGUGUGAUGUUUUCCAUGUAUAGGAACAUAAUAGCAGUAUGUGAAAUAUAUGUUUAAUGCUUUUGAUUUGAAUUUUCACACUUUUUUUUAAGUACUGUCUAUUGUUCUUGGAACAGUUUUCUGUUUUGCGUGAGGCCUCUGAACGAUGAAAAUGUGUAAAUAAAAUGGUCCCA